AUGGUCAUCAGGAUAGGGACACUUAACGUGGGAAAAAUGACAGGGAAGAGCAGGGAACUGGUAGACAUGAUAGAACGAAGGAAGCUAGAUAUACUGUGUGUGCAAGAGACAAGAUGGAAGGGCAGUAAAGCGAGAGAACUUGGAGCUGGCUACAAAUUAUUCUACCAUGGGGAAGUCAGUGGAAGAAAUGGAGUGGGUGUGGUGGUGGAAGAAAAGCAUAUUAAUGGCGUGCUAGAAGUACAUAGAAUGUCAGAUAGGAUAAUGAGUGUGAAACUGGAAAUAGAAGGAAUGGUGUCAAACAUUAUUUCAGCAUAUGCACCACAGGUGGGAUGCGAUCGAGAGGAUAAAGAGGAGUUCUGGGAGAAAUUAGAUGAUCUGGUUCAGUUGAUUCCAAGAGAAGAAAGGCUAAUCAUUGGAGCAGACUUCAAUGGACACAUCGGCGAGGGAAACGGAGGAGACGAGAGAGUGAUGGGAAAGUUUGGGUACUCACACGCAAUGUAG